AUGUCCAUAGUGGAAUCUCGAACACCCGCAUUUUGUGGCUCGUGGAUGGACAUCUCUACGCGGCAGUGGAGCGCGCCUGUGCCACGAGAAAUUCCCUUUCAGUCCGCUCCGGGCCACGGUGAUUUGACUCGCACCAGAAUAGUGCGAGCGGCGAGGCUCCUGAUUAGAUGCUUGGCAGAGGCCGAAGAGCAAGCACGUGCGCCGUGCGGUCCUACGCUCAUAAAACUUCCGCGAGCAUUUCAUGUGUUCUGCUGGGAUUCCUUGUCCUGGACAAUCCUGGAUUUCAUGGUUCGUAACAAAUCAGAAAUCUCAGAUUCUACGGGCCGCUGGGAUCCACUUUCACGCCGAUGCGUCCAGACGCUGUACUCGGAGAGGGGAUGCCCAGCAGCAGCAGGGAGCACUCCCGUCAUUAUUCGGAAUCGAGCCGGCGAACGCCAAUCGCCAACAUCCACGCGACUUUUCUGCGGAGAGUAG